AAACCCGUCAUUGUAAUUUUAUCGUAUGAGAAAAUUGAGCAUCAACAUAUUGUGAAUGAAAUAAAUGCGUGAGAUUAUUGCGAGCCUGUAUAAAUCUGCGCAUUUCUCAAUAAAUUGUGUGAGAAAGCGAAUCCGGAAGAGUGGAGGACGACUGUGCCGUAUAAUGACGUAGACGAUUAUUAUUGUUGAACUCUAAGCAAAAUGGCGAAAUAAGGAAAGAGCUAAUUAGCUGGAAAGGUGACAACACAACAGGGAGACACACAUUAAAACGAAGGAAAGACUGUUUGCAAUUUGGAGGCAGGGAUCAUGGGAAACACCAGCAGCGAGAGGGGCAGUAUGGGCCACGGCGAGAAGACACACCGACGGGACAGCCGAGGAGCCAAGGAGGGGGAUCGGCCAAAAAUCCUACUGGACAGCUCUGAGGAUGCGGAUAUCUUUCAUGCAGAGGACAUAAAGGCUCCUGAGAAAGCAGAGUUCCUAGCCUGGCGCCAGGACCUCGAGGCCAGCGACAAGGGCCCGACUCAAGCCAGACCCACCGUGUUCCGCUGGAAAGGGGCCGGCAAAGACAUCUUCCUUUCUGGAUCAUUCAACAACUGGGCCAACAAGAUCCCCCUGACCAAGAGUCACAACAACUUUGUGGCAAUACUGGAUCUUCCGGAAGGAGAGCACCAGUACAAGUUCUAUGUCGAUGGACAGUGGACCCAUGAUCCAGCAGAGCCUACGGUGACCAACCACCUGGGCACAGUCAACAAUGUCAUCCAGGUGAAGCAGACGGACUUCGAGGUGUUCGACGCUCUUAUGGUCGACUCGCAGAAGUGCUCAGAUAUGUCAGAUCUGUCCAGCUCCCCGCCUGGGCCCUACCACCAGGACCCCUACGUGUCCAAGCUGGAGGAGAAGUUCAAGACCCCCCCCAUCCUGCCCCCGCACCUGCUGCAGGUCAUCCUCAACAAGGACACUGGAAUCUCUUGUGACCCUGCUUUGCUCCCGGAGCCCAACCACGUGAUGCUCAAUCACCUGUAUGCCCUGUCCAUCAAGGAUGGUGUUAUGGUCCUCAGUGCCACCCACCGUUACAAGAAGAAGUAUGUUACUACUCUGCUCUACAAGCCCAUAUGACCAAAGGACACAGCAGAUUCCUUAGCAGAAAUCUUACUCAUUUUAUAGUUAUAUUUUUAAGGAACUUUUUUCUUUCUUUCUUAAUCGACAAAGAGUCUUCCAUCAUUCCUUCCAUCAUUCCUUGUGUAAAAGGUUGUCCGUCCGCCUGUUCAUCCAUUGGUCCAAUCAUGGGCCUUGGCUCUUGCGAUGGUCAUGUGACCUCAUGACUGAUUGGACACAUUUUCUCCCUUUUCCAUGGCAGUGCUCUGAAAAGUGCCUCAUCCAUGAUUGGUUGUAGUUGUGUCCAGUGUUCUAUGAAUGGAAAGGAGGGCUUUGUUAGACCUAAAUAUUACCCAGUGCCUCCGUUAACCGUAAAUAAUAAAGGAUGCGUGUGUUAGAUUUGAUAGGUGGGGCAUGAAUGUGCUGAGAUAUUUAAACUAUUUCCAAGGAAAUCCAGGCAAGUUUGUACAGGAUCGUGCAGAAGCACCUGUGGUUGAUGUCAUUUUUCAGCUGUGACAGACCUCAUCACCCAACAGCUCCUGCCCAUUGUCCCUUCAUGGCAGUUUAGAAAGUCUGCAGCACCAAUACACAAUGCCUUGUGUUUAGAAACAAGUCGCUUUUGAACGAUCACGUAGAAGGGUGGUUGUAUUGUAGAGGCUCAGAAAUGGCACCCCACUAUGCGUGUUGGGUUGUGCGGAUUCUAAACCUGAUUUUUACCCCCCGGUGAAGAGUGCAAUUAUUCUUUUUUUUAUUUUUAAUUGGACUGUAUUGAAUGAAUGGAAAUACCGUAGUGGCCUUUGGGUCAGUAAGUUAGGUGACAGACAGGGUGCUCCUCUGAAGUGGUAGGCUGUCAGCCUGCGUGUAAACAGCUUCACCUCCUCCUGUCUGACCCUUGCAAAUCCACAAGGUUUGGAGGCACUGAUCGUAGGUACAGCGUAUGCACCAGUCCUCUCCUAAUGCUGUCAUGAUGAAACCUAGAUCUGAAAAGUCUGUAUUCUCCAGUUUUGUUCAUUUGCAUUUCAGUGAUUUCCACGAUCCUUGAAAACUCUUUAUUUUCAAUGUGAGUUUUCUGUAUCCCACGGUGAUAACUCGUGGAAAACCUUUGCCAAAUUUUAAUCGAAGGUCAUUCAUUUUUAUUGCAAGUACUAAUAUAUGUGAACUUGUAAACUCGCUCACUUGAUGUCAUUUAUUAUCAAGCUCAGCCGUGUCAGUGUGGCGAUACUGGGAACAAAUUAGCUGUGGUACAGCAUUCUCAUUGCCAAAGGUUAUUUUAGGCUCGUAAUCAGAGACAGGAGUAUCUACAAGUGUGUCCACGCACACACUGCAUAUUUUUAAAAAUAAUCAAUUCCUAAAUGUAUUUCCCCACACAGUUCCUUCUCCAAAUUUUCACGAAAUGAUCUACGGUAGCUAUACACUCUAGAAAAAGAAAACAAUCUUUCAUCGAUCCUUAAAAAGUAAUGGAAAAUAUGUAUUUGAUCCGAGAGGUAUCCCUGUGGUUUUUUUUAAGUGUAUGGAGACCUGCAUAAACAAAUUGAAGACUUUGUUCCUGUGGAAGAUAUCAGUGUGUAAUUUUGGGAGCCGAAACAGCUGCCUGCAGGGAAACUCUCCACCUGCUCCCUCUAAAAUACACAGACGCAUGCACAGGUCAAACAGUGCGCUACCUUGUCUCAUGUUUUUUUUUGUGUGUGUGUAAUGAAAACACUGUAGUUUUUGAAAUGUAUGUACUCCGACACUUUUCUUGGCCACAUGACUGAAUAAACGUUUGUAUACCA